CUUACGAAAACAGUCGAUGUUUAAUUUUGUGAUAUUAAUGCACCUACUUACAAAAAUUAUAGUUUCAUGAAAACAUUAACUUUUAACUAAUUCAACCAUAAUAAUUUUUGUCUCCGAAUUGAUUACAUGUUUUUUGAAAAGAAUAUUUUAUUUUUGGAAAUUAGGUGUUGUACCUACCAAAUGAUUAGAUUUUAAUAUCAGUCGUUAAGUAAGCAUUAAGGUUAGAAGAGUAUUUUUUUGAAGAUAAAAUUGGUAAAAUAUGAUUGAGAAAGAGUGUAAAGAAGUGCUUUUUAAACAAAAAAAUUAUGAAGAUCAACGGGACCAUGAAAAAAAUAGUUUUCCUUGGCUACUGUACUUUUCUGGAUUUACAGCAAACCUCUUAUUAAUAGCCCCAGGCUUUCUUAUGGUAUGGAUGUCUUCUGCAAUGCCGAAGCUUCUAUCCAACGACACAAAUAUCAACCCCUUAGGAGAACCAAUUUCAGUACCGCAAACCUCAAUACUGGCAAGCAUCCCAGCCAUAGCAGGCACCCUGGGACUCUUACCAUGGGCAAAUCUCAUAGAUAUCUUAGGAAGAAAAAAAACUUUAAUGGUUUUAGCGAUAAUUAUGUUUUGUAACUCAAUAGUAGUAUCUUUCGCUUCCCAUAUUUCAUUUUUCUACUGUCAAGGCUUUAUUACUGGUUUCACUGGAUCUGGAGUUUUAAUUUGCGUUUCAAUAUUUAACAAUGAAAUCGCUGCUGUUACAAAUAGGGGCACAAUAGGGUGUCUUAUGGGUUUAAGUGCACCGUCUGGAAUACUUUUGGGGUACCUAAUUGGGCCAGCUGUUAGCAUCAGAGGGUACUUUUUAUUUUCGACGAUACCACCUGCGUUGCAUUUAAUAUUUUCUGUAUUUAUUCCAGAAUCUCCGGUAUUUCUAGCUAUGAAAGACAGGAAAUUGGAAUGUAUGCGUGCUUUAGAGCGACUUAGAGCGAUUAAAAAUGCCAAAACAAUAGAAAACGAGUAUGACAAGAUGGAGACAGUGGCAAAAGAUGCUUCCAAGCAGAGAAAGGGCAAUUUUUUGGAUAUAUUCAGAAAUAGAUCACCCAGGAAAGCAUUUUUUAUGUGCUUUGGGAUAGCUGCUAUCCAACAGUUUUCUGGUGUGUAUGUUAUACUACUUUUUAUGGGUACGAUUUUUGCAAAUGCGGGUAAAAUUUCGGGUGGGUCGUUCGGAAUUGUGACUGGAAUUGUUCAGCUGUUUAUGGUGUUAAUUUCAGCCAUUGUAGUAGAUAAACUGGGACGAAGGCCGUUGUUGUUGACAUCAACGAUGAGUUGUGCGAUCGCUUUGUUUCUUCUAGGUUUCUACUUUCAUUUGCAACAAAUGGAAUCAGCUGUGGUGGACAGUUUAACGUGGCUACCCAUUUCAUGUGUGCUUCUAUAUAUCAUUGGUUACGGUUUUGGUUUAGGGCCCAUUCCUCCAACUCUUUCAAGCGAGCUUUUUCCGAAUGAUUUGAGAGCUAUAGGUUGCGCUACCGUCUACAUAGCUGAUCACUUGACGAUAUGCGCUACUAUGUUGACUUUUCCAUUAGCUUCUGCGUUUCUGGGUGUACAGUAUUGCAUGUGGUUUUUUAGUAUGUCUUGUUUUCUGGGAUUCAUAAUGAUAUUUUUUGUUUUGCCUGAAACUAAAGGUAAAAGCUUUGAUGAAAUACAAGAAAUUUUAGCUCAUUAG